GUAGCUGCGCAAAAUUCUCCAUCUCCUCAAAAAUCAAAUAUUAGGCAAAAAUCCCUAGAUCAGGUCUAUUUUCCCCCCCGAUCAACGUAAUCUCGUUCGUGAGCAGCCAUGGCAGCAGCGUGCAGCGCUCGCUUCAUCCCCUCCGCCUCUCUUCUCGCUCGCCACGGGCCAACCUCGCCCUCGUCCGGCCUCGCCGGCGCCGCUGAUCAUCAUGGACCCCCACGGAUUAACAUCUGGGAAGAUCCAAUGAGCCCAUCCAAAUGGAAAGAGGAGCAUUUCGUGUUAGCCAGUUUAAGUGGAUGGGGUCUGCUAAUUUAUGGUGGAUUCAAGGUAUUCGGUGGAAAGAAUGACAAGAAAGAUGAGGUGAUUCCAGCUGCUGCGAGUUAAAUUCUGGUGGUCACAAGAGGUUACCGAAGAAUUAUUUGAGAAAUAAGCCUUUUGCCAAAGUACGGUAGCACCUCCAAGAAGAUGCCUUAACCUUUUAAAGUUCAUCGACUGUGUUGUGUUUUAUGCAUAACUUUGGAUGAAGGGAUGCUGAUAUAUAUAUUUUUCUUUGUUGUAUGGGCAUUGUAUUUUGAUGUAACCAUAUUUUCUCCCUGAUUUUCCCCCCUGAUGAGUUGCCAUGAAUGGUACUGCAAAUGCUUGUAUAGCUCUUAGAGCUCGCAAUGCAUAAACUGCAAAUAAUAAUUUACUUGCAUUCCCCUUUACGGA